AUGAAGCUGAAGAUCAACAAGGCGUGCGACAUCGCCUCCAUCUCCGUCCUCCUUCCCCGGAGGACAGGAGGGAGCAGCAGUGGCGGUGGCGGGAUGAGCGCGCCUGCUGCUGCUUCCGCGGCGGCGGCGGCGGCCGCGCAGCAGCAGCGGUCCCAGUCGAUGUCGCAGAAGUCCUUCUCGCAGGGUGGAGGCGGCGGCUCGUUCUCGCAGGGCAUCGGGGCGUCCUUCUCGCAGGCCAUAGGCAGCGGAGGCGCGUCCUUCUCCCAGGCCAGAGGCGCGUCCUUCUCGCAGGGCAGCGGCAGCGGAGGCGCCGCGUUCUCUCAGGGCGGCGGAGGCGGAGGAGCCGCGUUCUCUCAGGGCGUAGGUGGUGGAGGCGCUGCGUUCUCUCAGGGCGGAGGUGGCGGAGGCGCGGCCUUCUCUCAGGGCGGUGGGAACGGAGUUGCGGCCUUCUCUCAGGGCGGUGGAAGCGGAGGCGCGUCCUUCUCCCAGGGCGGUGGCAGCGCGCCGCUCGUGCACGCGCAGUCGCAGCUCUCGCAGGCCUCCCUCGACGCGAACCUCCUCAGCCUCCUCUCGCAGGCUCCCGCGCGCGACCAGAGAUUUGCCUUGCAACAGGACUCGUCGAAGAGGACAUCUUCAUAUCCUGCCAGUUCAGCUUCUUGUGUGCGCGAGGAAUCUCAGCUGCAACUGACAAAGAUACCAACCAACCCUAUCCACCGCUGGAGCCCCUCUCUUCCGGAUAGCAGAUGUCAGGUUAAUGAAGAAGUUGAGCGCAAAUUUCAGCAUCUUGCCAGUUCAGUACAUAAGAUGGUAAUGAUAUUAGACUCAGUGCAAAAUGAUGUGAUGCAGUUAAACAGAGCCAUGAAGGAGGCAUCACUGGACUCUGGUAGCAUUCAGAAAAAGUUUGCGCUCCUAGAGGACUCUCUAAAGCAAAUUCUUAAGGAACAAGAUGAUCUCAAAGCAGUCGUUGAAGAAAUCACAGAAAGUAAUCCUGACCAACUGAGUGUUCUCAACUCUCUCGCCAGCAAACAGGAUGAGAUGUCUUCGUUACUUUCAGUCUUGCCAAACCAUGUGCAAGGAGAACUGGGGCAACUGAAGGCUGACAUCUUCAGAACUUUCUCAAAGGAGAUGGAGGGGAUGGUUAGAGCUGUCAGAUCUGUUGAUACCAGGCUUGACCAGAUGCAAAUGCUGGCAAACCAGACAAGAGUAGCAAACGGAAGCCCCCUGAUGAUGCAGACACCAGUAGCCUAUGGAAGCCCCCUGAUGAACCAGACAACAGUAGCAGAUGGAGGCCCCCUGAUGAACCAAGGACCAGUGGCAGAUGGGAGGCCGCGGAAGAAACAAAGGCCAGCGGCAAAUGGAAGGUCCCAGAGGAAGAAGCUAACACCUGUAGCAAAUGGAAGGCCCCAGAGGAAGAAACAAAGACCAGUAGCAAACGGAAGGCCCCAGAGGAACCAAAGACCAGUACCAAAUGGAAGGCCCCAGGUGAAACAAGCAGAGACAGCAGAUGCAAGUCCGCAGAUGAACCAGAAACCCGAGGCAAAUGGAGAGGCCCUGAUGAACCGAGUAGUACCAGUAACACAAGCUGUCAGUGCCAGCGCUCCUGCACCCUUGGUUUACCACAGGAAGACAGAAGGUGUGAAGCCAAAUGUGGAGAAGGGGAUGGCAAAGGCCGCCACAGAAGCGCGGAAAUUGGACGGCUCAGGCGACAGCAGGCCGGCGCCACCUAAAGAGCAAGAGCUGGCGAUUCAGAAGGACAAUGAAGAGGCGCCCAUCAACAAGGCGACGUUGACCAUUGUCAUCGACUCGGACGAGGAGGAGGGGGGCGUCAUGCUGAAGGCCGGAGCAGGUGGCGCCGGUGGUGCGGCGGCGGCGGAGGAGGCGGUGGGCGAGGUGGAGGCGCUGGAGAUGCUGCGGCGGGCGAGGAAGCGCCGGCGGAGGGAGGAGGCCAGCGCCGCCGCGCUGGACCGCUGCUAG